ACCAUGCCUCGGAGUCCUACGUCCAGUGAGGAGGAGAUGGCCCAGAGUUUCUCUGACGGCUCUGGAGGUUUUGAGACAGACAGCUCCAAGGAGGAGCCUGGCCAUGGAGGUCCUGGAGGGGAAAGGGCCAGCAAGAGGACAGACAGGAGGGCAGAGAGGGACAGGGCUGCCCGUAGGGAGUCACUGGAAUUCUGUGUGGUCAUCCCUGACCUGCAGCAGUCCAAAUGUAUGAGGUUUAAGCCGGAGGCCACGGUGUGGGUUGCUAAGCAGCAGAUCCUGUGUACACUGACCCAGACUUUGAGGGACGUGCUGAACUACGGCCUCUUCCAGCCCGCUGUGGAGGGCCGAGAGUCCGGCUUCCUGGAUGAGGAGUGUCCCCUUAAAGACUACCCCACUCCCACCAACACCAAGGGGGUCCCCACUCUGGAGUUCCGUUAUAAGAGCCGGGUCUAUCAACAGCCAAAUGUGAACGAGAAGCAGAUCGCCAAAAUCCACACGCAGGCUAACUAUAGGAAAUUAAUGGACCACAUUCAGCAUCACCAGCUGGAUAAACUAGCAAAGAUGCUGGAGAAAGGCCUCGACCCAAACUACCACGACCCAGACACUGGUGAAACUCCUCUGACCUUCGCAGCCCACCUGGACAAUGUGGCACAGGUCAUCGCUGUACUGAAACACGGUGGAGCACAUCUUGACUUCAGAUCACAAGAUGGGAUGACCGCUCUCCACAAAGCAGUCAGAGCCAAGAAUCAGGUCACACUGAAGGCUCUACUGGAACUAGGUGCUUCCCCAGACUACAAGGACAGCCAAAGUCUGACCCCCCUGUACCACACAGUCCUGGUGGGAGGAGACUCAGGCUGCUGUGAGCUCCUGCUGAGGGCCCGCGCCACCGUCUCCUGCCACGACGAGAACGGCUGGCACGAGAUACACCAGGCAUGUAGAUAUGGACAUGUCCAGCACUUGGAGCAGCUGUUGUUCUAUGGAGCAGAUAUGAGUGUCAUGAACGCCUCUGGAAACACGGCUCUACACAUCUGUGCUCUAUACAAAGAGGAACACUGUGCCAGAGUACUGCUCGUUCGUGGUGCUGACAAGGAAGUUAAGAACUACAGAAGCCAGACACCAUUCCAGGUGGCCAUCAUCGCAGGAAACUUUGAAUUGGCAGAAUUAAUCAAGAACCAUAAAGAGACUGAUAUUGUGCCUUUCAGGGAGGCGCCGGCCCAGCCCACCCGGCGCCAGCAGGUCCCACGAAGUACACUAACUGCUCCACGGUCUAUGCUCCAACGCUCCAACAGCGACAACAACCUGAACGUGAACAACAGGUCACCCCUGCCCUCACCGAGCCACUCUCCCCUUCGUAGCCUGUCACCCCAUCGGGCCCAGCAGCAGCAGAUGCCCAGCCCCAAUGGAACAGUCAGGACCAUGGGGAAGGGGGCUCCCCGCCCUCCCCGCUCACGUUCGCCCUCCCUGGGGCGCCUGGGGGAGGAGGCACACAGACAGACCCCCCAGCGCCAGCCCAGCCCACACAGGGGUCGGGAAGCGUUCUCUGGUGGCACAGACGGCCAGGGGCCCCAGUGUAAGCUGUACAGUGCUGUGGCAGGGAAGCACUUUGUGGUGACUAAGUCCUACCAGCCACAGUCCGAAGGGGAGAUCACCCUGUACCAGAACGACAGGGUCAAAGUGCUCUCCAUAGGUGAGGGUGGUUUCUGGGAGGGCAGUGCCAGGGGUAAUGUGGGAUGGUUCCCAGCAGAGUGUGUGGAGGAGACCCCUAACCAAGAGGAGAGACCAUAUGCCAGAGCAGACAGGGCUGAGAGGAGAAAACUUUUCAGACACUACACCGUGGGGUCCUACGACAGCUUUGAUGCAUCAAGCAACUGUGUUAUUGACGAGAAGACGGUAGUUCUACAGAAGAAGGAUAAUGAGGGAUUCGGGUUUGUGCUGCGAGGGGCGAAAGCGGACACGCCCAUCGAGGAGUUCACCCCUACACCCGCCUUCCCCGCCCUGCAGUACCUGGAGUCUGUGGACGAGGGCGGGGUCGCGUGGCGGGCGGGGCUUCGCAACGGAGACUUCCUCAUCGAGGUGAACCAGGAAAAUGUGGUGAAGGUGGGCCACAAACAGGUGGUCAAUACGAUCCGACACGGGGGUAACCGGCUCAUCAUCAAAGUGGUGACAGUUAGCAGGAAUCUGGACCCUGAUGACACGGCCAGGAAGAAAGUGGCCACACCUCCACGUAGAGCUCCUCCCACUGCCCUGUCCAGGGCCAUGCGUUCCAAAUCCAUGACCUCAGAGCUGGAGGACCUAGAUAAAGUGGAAGAAAACAUGCCUCCUCAGAAGGACAACUCUAACACUGACAUAAGGAUCGCUAACACAGUCAAAACACGGCCCAACAGCAGGUGCUUGGCCAUGAACCCAGAGAUGAACUCCAUGUGUGAGAGCCAGGACAUGUCGAUGCAGACCCAGACCCAGACCCAGACCCAGCCCAGAGAGCCAGGCAGCCCCAGAGGUCGAGGCCCCUUCCUGGGGGUGCCAAACAGACAGGGGACCAUGAGACGACAGAAGUCCAUAGGAACAUCUGGAAUAACAGAAGAGGAUGCCCCUCAGUUCCUGACCCCUCCCAUGUUGAAAUUCACCAGGAGCCUCUCCAUGCCGGACACAUCAGAGGACAUCCCACCCCCACCCGCCAGCUCCCCUCCAUCUCCCCCUUACAACAACGACCCCAACCCCCCGGGCAGAGGCUACGGCACCAUCAGACACACUGUUCCCAAAGGCACCGCCCCAGAACGAGGGGGGGACCCCAACACGGGCGGCAGGGCCGGAUGGAGGGAACAGGGGGGUAUGUCCUACAGAGAGCCCCAGUCGGAGCAGUAUCAGUCUGAGAACCAACCCCAGGGUAGCCAGAGCCCAGGCCAAGGCCUCACAGCCCAGCAGAGCUUCCUGAACCGCAGGGCUCAGAUCCCAGAGAACCCCUACUCAGACCUGGGGAAGAUGGGCAACCUGGGCCUGUUUGCCCCCAACAAGCCCCAGAGGAGGAAGGGCAUGCUGGUGAAGCAGAACAAGAUUGAGGACAGCCCAGAGAAGACCUGCACCAUCAAAAUCCCAACCAUCAUCAUCAAGGAGCCGUCUACAUCUAGCAGUGGGAAGAGCAGCCAGGGCAGCAGUAUGGAGAUAGAGACUGGUGCCCAUGACCACCCAGGACAGCUCCGGCCAGAUGACGGACACAACCCCAGCAGUCCCUUUGCCACGGCCAUGGCGGGCGCCGUGCGGGAGCGUGAGAGGAGGAUGGUGGAGUCUCACCAGAACUCCCCAUCCUACAGGUUCACCGACCAGGGCGACGAAGACUCGCCUCCCGCGCCUGCGCCUCGCCUCCGCCACUCCAAGUCCAUCGAUGAGGGAAUGUUCAGUAGUGACGAGCGCCUGCGUCGCCUCAUGGCCCCACCUGCCUCGCUGCUCAGCAUCCCCAGAAGAGGGUGUAACAUGACGGUCUUCAACACCCCAGAGCCCACCAUUGUGAGAGAGCCGCUCCACACGCGCACUGGCCACCACAGCCCGGUCAGUCUCCCUGCCAAGACCUAUACCUCCAGUAGUGGGCACUACGUCCAUCCAGUCACAGGGAAGCCUCUGGACCCCAACUCCCCUCUGGCCCUGGCUCUGGCUGCACGGGACCGGGCCAUGAGAGAGCAGUCCCAGCCUCUCCCGCUGAAGACUGAACCGCCUAAACCUGACCUGAACAAGCCUCUGUUCAUCGACACCAAGCUGAGGACAGGCAUGGGCGCAAAUUUCUCCUCGACCGCGACCAUGGGUCGACCGGGCAGGGCGGGGCUUCGUAGGCAGAUGACCGAGGCCAAGUACGAGACAGAGUCCAAAUACGACCACCCUUUGGCCAAAGACAAGGACAAGAGUCUAUCCCGUCCUCAGAGAGAAGAGGAGAAGAAGAACAUGUUGAUAGACAUUGUGGAUACGUCUCAGCAUAAGUCAACUGGGCUGCUGAUGGUCCACACCACUGACGAGAACAACCUGUCUGAGGGGGAGAGGGACGGGGCGGUCAGUCCAGACAGCACCCCCAGUGAGCUCCGGGACCCCAACCAACCUAACACCCCCAAAAUGGCCUCCCCUAACCCCCACAAUCCCCAUUCUAUGGGCCCUGGACCCAGAGGUAGUAAGACCAUGAUCACCGUCACCUCAGUGGACGAGCCGGUCAAACUACCCUUCGGUAUCCCCCCUCCACCCUGUGUUCCCUCUGUGGACAUCGACGAUGAGUUCUUUGCUGACCCACUGCCACCGCCGCUGGAGUUCGCCAACAGCUUCGACAUCCCAGAGGACCAAAAGGGGGCGAUCGCUGAGCUCCUCAAACAGCAACGAAAUGCUGGCAGGGCCCCAUCGUCUCUAGCCCCCUUCUAUCCCCAUCACGGUAACACCGCAGGGCACCCUGACCAGACCACGAUCAAACGGCCAGCGGUGCUCACCAACUGUACGCCCCCCAGCUUCCCCCCCGCCCUCUUGGAGAGCUACGAUCCUAUCAGUGACUCGGGCAUCGAUGUGGAGCCGGACAGCCGCAGUAGUGGAGACCCCCAGCUGGAGACUACAAGCACUGUGUCCACUGUGUCUAGUAUCUCCACGCUGUCGUCAGAGGGCAGCGAGGCGCUGGACAACACAUGUACGGUCUAUGCAGACAGACAGGCCUUUCUGGUGGACCGGACUUCAAAGUCAAGAACCAGGCAACCUGCCGCCAACAAGAGCAACGCACUUUACAAGGACCCCGCCUUGAUGGAUAGAGAGGAGAACAUAACAACUUUCGGCGCACCCUUCUCCAUCCCGCCGCCUCCACCCGGGGCUGGCGUCCCCUCAGAGCCCCCCAGAACACCAACUCAAAGAACCUCCAAGCUAUGGGGAGACCCUCCAGGCUCUAACCCCCAGGACAUGCAGAACAAGGACAGGACACCAAAGCCAGGGGAGGGGAUAGACCCUUCUUCCUCAGGAUGUAGGACUGUUUUUGGAUCAAGGGGUCCGGACAGUGGGUCCCUCGCCUCAGGUACACAGCGGAAUACCACAGUCUCUUUUGCUGCCCAGCUCCCCCUGAAUGUGCCUGCCCCAUCUCCAAACCAACAGACAGAGAACCUCCCCCACCACCAAGCCCCCAGCCCCAUCCUCUCUCCCCCAGACUCAGGCCUCGGCUGUGCCUCCUCUCUCCCUGCCACCUCCCCCACCCUAUCAGACGUGUUCGGCCUUCCCACCCCCCCUCUCAGCCUGGGCACGGGGAGCAGCCGCUCGCCCUCCCCUCUCACCCUCAUCCAGGCCGUCUCCAACAAGCCUUUUGCCACCAAGCCGGUUCUGAUGUGGAGCAAACACGACGUGGCCGACUGGCUGGAGAGCCUAAACCUGGCUGAGCACAGAGACACCUUCAUGGACAACGACAUUGAGGGCAGCCACCUGCCUAGCCUGCAGAAGGACGACCUCAUAGACCUAGGGGUGACCAGGGUCGGACAUCGGAUGAACAUAGAGAGAGCUUUGAAACUUCUGAUGGAUAGAUGAGAAGUGGAGAGGAUGAUGAGGUCUCUGAGUUUCCAACGCUACAACUUCACAACAGGCUUCUAAGUUCAUUAUGAAUUAUGUCCAUAACAAUCAUUUUUAUUUACGUUGACUUAUUUAAACUAUACUUACUAAUUAAUUGUUAUGAUGAUGCUUGUUUUGUUGAAACUUAGGAAUAUCCUCAUGUAUCCUGAAGAAACUGCAACUUGAAACAACACUGCAGUUUUCUGAAUAAGCAAGAAGGUCCCCCAGAGUGGGAUAGAGCGGUCACAGGUGAGACAGAGCUGCUCUGUCAGUAGGAUGGAAGGAAGGAAGUAGAUACACAGGGACCUGGCUGUAAUGUGGAAAAUACUACACUAUCAAACACAACAGCAGCCUAAUCGCUAUGGGAUUUAAGGACUUCUGAAAUCAACCUCAUUUAAAUGCAAAACCAGAACCAGCUUUGCAGGGGUUUCAUUUUCUACUGUUUCUCAUUUAGAAAUUAUGCGGUGAAUAUCUUUGUAGGAAAAAGGGGAAACAUUUACAGUUUCGACUGUAUCUGCACUUCUGCUUGUGAAAUGAAGUUUUCUCUCUCGCCCUUUUCACUGGGUUGUAGGUUGAUUUUAGAGACAGUACAGUGUAUUCUCUGACACAGACAUGUAUACCCUGAAAGGAGAUCACAUCAGAUGAAUUUCUAAAUUGGUACAGUAGCAAAGUUGUUGCCCUUAGUUUUCACUUGCCAUGUAUUCAAUCUUAUUUCAAUAGCUGGCCUUGUUUACUUGAGGGUUUUAAACACAGUAUUGAAAAUGUAAAUUCAAUUGUUCAUAAAUCAUUAUACUGUCUUCCACAGGAAGCUGAACUGUGUGCCAACAGCUCCCCCUACUGUAGUCUCCUGAACAUGACAUGGCACAGUGCUUGGCACUGGCAGUCAGGGCUUUCCAAUCGUCAACCAUCAUGCUUUCUUUCACAGUCUUCUAUGUCCUCUGAGAGGAAUAACACACAUUAUCACAUUAGUUUAUUACUGUAUACCCUGAACUAAUGUUUAGGGCUUUGGGGUUGAAGACAUUCUAUCAGGAAUGAAUGACCCAGAGUUACAGGGUUGGGGUCAAUUCCAUUUCAAUUAAAGGUAGAGUCAGCGAUAUGACGUAGAUGCACAAAGUAAACAGCAUAGUGGGUCAAUUUUACGCAACGACUUAGAGAGUUAGAUUGCGACGCUCAGCUUCUCUGCUGUUUUGGUCCCGUGGCUACCAUGUUGUAAGUGCGUGAAGUGAACCCGUGCACAUGCACAGAUACUGUGUGUGACUGUGUGAGAGUGAAGUCUUGAAUCUUGCUCAUUUCAAUAUCUGUGGUGCUGCUCGCUCAACGUCAUUUUGCAGACUCUGUGGAAGUAAACUGAAUUUCCAAUUCUACAUGUUUCGCAACGAGAAGCAUUGAGUAAAAUUGAAAUGGAAUUUCAAUGUAUUUCCUGGUUGAAAAGGAAUUGACCCCAACACUGCAUGUUGUUGAAGACAGAUAUCAGUCAAGUGUAUGCACUAUAUGGGAAAAAGUAGGUGAACAAACACUAAACCUGGUAUCAGAAUGAGAAGAGUUCAACUUGUUUGGCAAGCAAAGAGAGACACAGAUUCCACUAGGAAUCAAUUUGGUAUGAAUGUUUACUUUUUGUGUAUGAUAAUUGAACUAUUAGAGAUGUAUUUAAUUUAUGGUGGUGUUUUGAUGUGUUUUGUUGAAGAGGAAGACAUUUGUAUGCAUCCACAGAGCUAAAAACCCACUGGGCAAAAACUGGUCGAAUCAACGUUGUUUCCACGUCAUUUCAACCCCAAAAUGAAAUGU